CUGCACCAUUAACGUGAGCUGCCCAAUCAGAGCCAGAGGGCUGUGACAAGGGGAAGGGAGGAGGAGGUGCGGGGGAGACAGGACAGCUUCCCAAGCUGAAGGAGAAGAGUGUCCAUAGUUUCAAGUAGAAGCAACAGGUUCCAAAUUAUCAUUCAAAGAUGCCCGGUACAGCAAGACAUGACCGAGAGAUGGCAAUCCAAGCCAAAAAAGACCUGGCCAAAGCCACAAACCCAAUUGAGAAGCUUCGGCUGCAGUGUCUAUCAAGGGGGUCUGCAGGCAUCAAAGGACUUGGCAGAGUCUUUCGGAUUAUGGAUGAUGACAACAGCAGAACCCUCGAUUUCAAAGAAUUCAUGAAAGGAUUAAAUGAUUAUGCUGUCAUGAUGGACAAGGAAGAAGCACAAGAGCUUUUCAGGAUGUUUGAUAGAGAUGGCAGUGGAACAAUAGACUUUGAUGAAUUUCUCAUAACAUUAAGACCUCCAAUGUCCAAUGCCAGAAAAGAGGUCAUCAUGCAGGCAUUUAGGAAGUUUGACAAAACAGGUGAUGGUGUUGUAACCAUUGAAGACUUACGAGGGGUCUAUAAUGCACGGCAUCAUCCCAAAUACCAGAAUGGAGAAUGGACAGAAGACCAAGUUUUUAGGGCUUUUUUAGAUAAUUUUGAUUCGCCCUAUGACAAAGAUGGGAAGGUUACAACAGAUGAAUUCAUGAACUACUAUGCUGGAGUCAGUGCUUCAAUAGACACAGAUGUCUAUUUUAUCAUCAUGAUGAAAAAUGCUUGGAAAUUCUGAUUGCAUGAUUAAGGAAACGAGACUGUAUUUCUUGCUUUUUAGCUCCACCUUGUUAAAUACAUACACAGUGAUAUGGCCACACUUCCUGCAAUAGCAACUUUCAAUCUAUGUACUGAUUUCAGUAAAUAAGGAGCAGCAGUAAUUGCUGUAGCACACUGUUUUUGGCAGAAUCAUCCUCAGCUGAUUGGCAAAAGGCCAUGCCAGUCAUCACUCACUCUUGUUUUUUUCUUUUACUUUCCAUAUCUGUCUUUUCUUCUCUCAGGGAACCCCUUUCACCUACUGCUGUACUGACUACCAGUGGUUCCCAAACGUGUCCUUACAUCUACUGAAUAAGAUGCAGCUGUGUUUCUCAGGAGGUGGAAUAGAAGCGUAGUGAAGAAUUGUGGGAAUGCAAAUACUUCACAUUUUACACCCUGUAAACGUAAGGGCACUUGCUCGUGUAGCACAGAUACUGUCCCAAGAUUCCUUAGACGUGUCUGCCAUCUUUUUUUCCCUUCUAUUCCUUUGUGUCUUGACUUUCUCUCCGCUCUCUGGGAGGUUUGCCCUUCUCAAAGAAAACUGUCUUACAGAUGUAGAUGUUUUACGGUAUUCUUUUGUAACUGUGCAUUGAAAUACUUACCACCGCUCUACCGGACCUACCCCAAAAAACUCUCCCAUUUACUAAGAUGCUACUGCUUGGAAAUUUCUAUGAACUACAGAACUUUGCAGUCUUACAAUUUCUGGCUUUGCUGCUGAAAAGAAAAAAAUAAAUGAGAGAGAACCUAAAGAAAUAGUUGGACUCUUUCUGCAUUUCAUUACCUCUGAGAAUGGCUGGCUGCUCAGUUACCUGUGAGGAGAAUGAGACGCUUGUUGAAAAAAGGAGCCUGUCUUGCCAGACAGGUCUUGUCUAAUUCUCUUGGCUGUGGUCCCCCAUCCCCAUUGCUUCCCCCUCAUUUGUUUCUUUUGUUUGGUUCCUCUUUGUCCUGAAAUAAACUGUUGUCAUUGGAGUUCA